CCAGAGUUGCAACAAGUCACCCUGCCUGCAAUUGAUUGAUUGUAUGCGGACGUCGCGGGGCAGCGACUCGCGAUCCCCGCAGCCAUGUCGAUACCCUUCAACCGCAUCGACGCGUCGUUCCUUCCGCAGGACCCGUACCUCCCGCAGUUUGCGCCCCAGGGCCCCAGCUUCCUCGACACCGAAGCCUGCCUCUGCGCCCUUCGCGAUGCCCCCAGCGGCGGCCAGGCUGCCUGGCAGUGUAUCGGCAACCAGACGCAGAACGUCUACCUCGCCGACACGGGCAAGUGGUUCCUCCCGCAGAACGAGGGCAGUGCUGCCGUAGACGGCCCCGUCUGGGACGCCUCGAACCCGCCAGACACCGCCCGCGCCCUCACCUACGCCGCGGGGGCCGGCUUCCAGGACGCCAACCUCGAUUCUCUCUCCGUCUUCGACCGCUUCUGCACCGCCCAGAACCGCUCCAGCUUCUCGACGUCCUUCUACGCCGCCACCGACAAGCUCUCUCAGGAUGAAGUCCCGCUCGAGCAGAUGCCCUGCUACCGCCCAGGCGCCAUCCCCAUGCAGAUCCAAUCACCCAGCGACUGGGCCGCCACCGGCUGCAAUGAGGGCUUUCUCUGCACAAACAACACAGUCAACUCAAGCCCCCAGUUCUGCCCGCCCAUUACUCAGUGCCAGAUGAGCAGGCUCGCUGGUAUGGUCUGCAUGUUCCAGGGGCAGAACAUUGGCAUGGGCCCCUUCGAGCCCGUCGUCUGCCUUCAGGGCAACUACUGCCCCCCUCCCGGCAAAGAGUCCAUCAAGUGUCCCGCAGGCCACUACUGCCAGCCGGGCGCCUCCACGCCAACACCUUGUGCCUUUGGCAGCACCUGUCCGGCGGGCUCGUCCUUCGAGGUCUACUGGGUUCCCCUGGGCAUUUUAAUCCUGGUUGACAUCCUGCUCAUCAUCGGCAUCCUUCUUCUGGUCUUCCGGGCCCGCCUCAAGAAGUCCCAGCGCGCCCACGAUAUUGCAGAAAAGCGCCCGGGCUCGUCGGCAGGCCGUCCCACACGCAUGGGCACGAUCAAGCGUGCUUUCACGGGCUACGGCAGGCUGCACGAUGUGGACAACGAAGUCGACCAGGAGAUGAUGCCUCUUCAGGCUACCUAUAUGCCUAGUCCGCACGGUUGGACAGGCUUCCAGGAGGCCCUCAACCUGUAUGAACUGCCGGGUUCUGAAGAAGAAGAUAUCGAAGCCAAGUUCAGUCCCCAGCUCCGCGCAUUCGUCGACUCGAUGAAGAGAGCCACCGAUGCGACCCGACUUGGUCUAUCUUUUACCUACACAGAUCUCAGUUUCCAACCCAAGAAAGGCGGUCCUUUCAUUCUCAACAAGGUGACUGGGUCCAUUGACCGUGGUGCGCUGACAGCCGUAAUGGGCGGCUCUGGCGCUGGCAAGUCGACCUUUGUCAACGUCCUGAUGGGCAAGAUUACAAACACGUCAGGAGCAGUUUCUAUCAAUAACGUCCCCGGCAAGAUCAAGCGAUACAAGAAGCUCAUCGGUUACGUUCCACAAGACGACAUCGUAUUACCGGAGUUGACCGUUUUUGAGAACAUCCUUCAUUCUGCGCGUAUCCGCCUCCCACGAACCUGGGCUGACGAGGACAUCAAGUCGCACGUCCAGUCCGUAGUUGAUUGCUUGGAGCUCCCACAUGUUCGUGACUCUCUGGUCGGCUCCGUCGGCAAACCGGUCAUCAGUGGCGGCCAACGCAAGCGUGUCAGUAUUGGCAUGGAGUUGGCUGCCGCACCCAUGGCUAUCUUCCUCGACGAACCGACGAGCGGUCUCGAUGCAACGGCGGCAUCGUCAAUCAUGCGUACGCUCAAGGCUCUCGCCACGCUUGGCAUGACCGUCAUUGUCAUUAUCCACCAGCCACGCCGAGAGAUCUUUGAAAUGAUUGACAACCUUAUUCUGCUCGGCAAGGGUCAGACUAUUUAUGAAGGUGCUGAGCGCGACGUCAAGAGCUAUUUUGGACAAAUGGGUUACCAAUUUCCGGAGGACGCCAACUAUGGUGACGUCGUGACAGACAUCAUCACCGGAAAUGGCCGCAACUACAAGAGAGCAGGCGACGUGUCCAGGGAAGGACUCAUCGGCCACUGGGAGCGUUCUCGGCACAGUGCAACCCUUCGGGAUAAGCGUGCCUCGGUCCUCUCAUUGCCCAGCGGUGAUAUUCAAUCGAACCGCAAGUCGAUUCAGCAGGUUCUGCGCCGGCGAGGUGCGCCACGUCUCAAGCAGUUCUGGCUUUGCCUCAAGCGGUAUUUCCUGCAACAGUUCAGGACCAAGUCGACCCUUUUGUUCGAGCUUGGUCUUGCUUUGCUUGCUGGUUUCCUUCUUGGUCUGGCGGAGAAUUCCAAGAAGGGAGUCAUGUUCAUUGGCCUCUACCACAGCCCAUACGAAGUCCUUUCGAUCGCCAUGGACUUCAAGUCCGUGCCAGAGCUAUCGUUGCUGAUCGCCAUCGCUAUUGGUCUGAUCAGCGGCGCGCCCGGUGUCAAGGUGUUUUCAGAAGAGCUGCUCCUCCAGCGCCGCGAAGCUGAAGCUGGCCAUUCCAGGAUCUCGUACUUCUUAGCCAAGGUGGUCGGUGUCCUCCCUCGCAUGGUGCUUGCUUGCAUGCACUUUACUGUCCCGCUUUUCCUCCUCGCAAACCCCAUCAUCAGCUGGGCUUUGGCAUUCUGUGCCAACCUGUUGUACUUUUACUGCAUCUACGGCUUAGCUAGCAUGGUUUCCAUGGUGGUGAGGCGUGAGGAUGCGCCCUUGAUCGCCACCAUGGUUACUCUCAUUGUGGGCAUUCUCUCCGGCAACGCGCCGCCCCUAUCCUCGGUCAAAACUUGGCACAUGGAGUGGCUCUGGCGCGCCUCCCCAGGAGUCUGGCUCGCUGAGCUCUACUUUGGACAGAUGGUCUCGCCCUUCAGGUACCUCUACCAGAUCGACAUUGCAGCACAAGCCACAGGCUUCCGGCUCGACUGGCUGUGGCGGAACAUGAUGAUCCUUGGCGGUAUCGGAACGAUCUAUCGUAUCCUAGCCUUUGCAGGACUCUUUGCCGGCAAGAGGCUAAGAAUGUAGUAUACAAUGGGAGGAUGUAGUUGUGCCAUAGGCACGAGAGCCUUGGAUCUCCCAAUUGUAAGGACCAGGACGACUCUCGCAAAAAUGGUUUGAUGACUUACGCAACGUUGGCUGGCGUCAACCUCUCUGCAUAUUGUUGUCAUUGUUUUUUUAUAGAUACCACAACGAGAAACGACGCAUUGAAUUGGAAACUUGUUCUCUUGAAA